AUGGAGCAACUACCCUCAUAUCAAGAUGCUACUGGCAAGAAGCAGUGGCUCGAGCUUGUGGCGCCCUACAUCGAUCCCUCAGACUACCAAAGCCUGUGCUGUGUCUCUAGGCAAUUCCACAGUCUUUUCGCCCCACGAGCAUGGAAGGAUCCUCUUGCCGUCGUGCGCACGUUGAGUCGUGACACGGCCUACGACUACCAGUGGUACUCGAAAUUUCUUUCCCGUAUACAGGACAUAGACGCGUCGACUGCUGCGAUGGUGGCCGUUAUGGAUUUCCGUGGCUUCGCUCCCGUUCCUGGACCGGACGACCACCAAGAGGCGUACAACAACAGCUUUGGCGAACUGGCAACUCGGCUUCCCAACCUGCGCUGCUUAUUGCUCGAUGGACAUCCACAACUGAACCUCUCCAUGCUGUCAAGACAAGCGCUUCGGUCGAGCACUACUGUUUCUCUGGACAAGAUUCACCUUGUCAGCAUUGCUAAUUGUGGAACAUCGCUUCCCGCAAGAUUUUUUGGUGGCCAAUGGCUCAUUGGCCUGGUCUACCUCGACAUGUCCAAUACCCCUGGAACUCUUGGGAACCAAGGAGCGCUCAUACCUCACGACCUGCCGAACCUCCGCAUCCUGAAGCUCAGUGGAAAGCACUUGAAUGACUCGACGGCCGGUGCGAUCGUGCACGCAUUCGGCACACAGCUAUGGAGCCUUGACAUGUCCAGGAACGGUCUGACGGACGAUUUUCUCAGCAUGCUGUUAGAAUACAGCCUCCCUACUUACUCAAACGCUAGGCUACAGUCGAAUGAUCAUUUCAAGGUCGAAGGACAAAUAAGACCGGUCUAUGAAAACGGUGACCCCCGCCCCAAUCGUGGACCUUAUUUCAUCGACGAGUCUGAGUGCAGCGCGACAUUCUCGUCUGCUGACCGAUAUCUUGCGGAUCCCCCCGUCUACGGCGCCAUGAAUGGCGGUUCCACCGGCGAGCGAGGUCAGGCCACGGUCCAUCACUCCCUGAUCACCAACACUCCAACUCUCGAAUCUCGCAGCACUGGCGAAUUGACGAACUUGUGGCUGGCGGAGACAUACAUGCGCGAGAGGCUCGACCUCGCAUAUCCGCAGACAUACGUACCGGACAUGAACCCGCGCCUUUAUUCACUCACCGUCUCAAUGAUACCGCGGUACUCGACCGGUAUCGUCGCCCAACGACUUACGAAUUUCUUACGCCUUGUCGCUCUUCAGGAGCAAGCGAUCGAGGCCACAAGAGCCUUGCUGCCAUUCCGAGGACCGCCGGUAUUGCAGGGUCUCCGCCACGUCCGAUUAGAGUUCGAACCAGACGCCAGGGACGAGCUCGGUUCUCUCGACAACGAGACCGACGAGAUGGACUCGGAGGCGCUACUAGAACAGGGAGCUGAAGCAUUCUCAUUCUUCAGCGAAAGCGCGUGGGGCCCAUCGUCCUCGCCCGUCAAAUCCAGAGUGAAAGAUCAGGCGGCCGGGGCAGCGGGGGCAGAAGUUGCCGAUGCCAAGGACACGGAGCGCUCUAUCUCCGAGGAGAAAAUCGACGACUACCCCUUCAACAAAGCAAGAGAUGAGCACUUCAGCUUCACCAUUAACCCAGGUGGUAACUACGGCCAGCCACCAAAGCUCGUUCCGGUCUGGGUCGGAUCGGGCAUAAUCAGCCCGGAGAACCCUCCCGCCGUCAACGAGUACAUGAGGAACGUCUGCGACGCAGCCAACCGCGUGGGUAUCUGUCCCGCGACGCCCUGCCACGUCGCUGCUGGCGUGCCGGCGGGGUCUUUCAUUUUCGGGCGCGCGUGGGACUCGAUCAUGCUGCCGGCGGCCACCGCGGAGUUCAGGCUGCCCACCAAAGCAGAGCUGCGAGGGAUGGAGGACGUGGUGGUCCGGGUCAAGGCCUUCCGGCUGGAGUCGCGUCGGCAGUAUGCCGCGCUCGACGCGGGCCGCCGAGACGUCGGCGGGCACGAGUACUGGCGGGGCCGGCUGGAGCUCGUACUGCCGCAAGGGCGGGUACACUCGUCGGAUUACUGGAGGUAG